AUGAUUUGAGGUUCGUGUUUGUGGCAAAGCGGUCCAAAUGAUUGAAGGAGGCGUCUGUCAAUCACAUGAAGGUCAGCUGAGAUUGGACAACGUUUCAAUUUUGUGGGCGUGGACGUUUUGACAACCGGAAGUCAACGGCGAACGAAAUGGGGACCGGAUACGGAGUAAUAAGUCAACUAUAAUGUGUGACAAAUACAAAAGACCCUAACCCCGUCUUCGGUGCCCUAAAAAUAUUGUGUUGUAGGUGAGCGCGGCUGGGGGCAGACGAGUCGCCUUGCGGAGGUCAUGGCGGCCAAGCCCGGCGGGAGGGUCACACAUGCGGCAGUGUGGCAGCAAACGCGAGUUCUACUCUACAAGAACGUGCUCAUCAAGUGGAGGACCAAACAGCAGAGUUUGCAGGAAGUCCUCCUCCCGCUGCUGCUGCUGGCUCUGCUGAUCCUCAUCAGCAUGCAAAAUCCGCACAUCUCCUACGGCGGCUUCGGCACGGCGGAGCUGGAGAGGAGCGACGGCGUCUUCAAGGGCCUCGGCUACACGCCCGUCACCGAAGUCACCGGCCGCAUCAUGGACGAGGUGGCCCGGGAGUUGCGUAAGGAGCGCGCGGCCCGCCUAACCCUAUGGAAACACCUGCACGACGGUUUGGAGAAGUUCAGCAGCGAGGAGGACCUGGAGAACGCCAGCCUGUACGAGCCGUCCGGCUUCGUGGGCGUGGUGUUCGCCGACGCCUCGGCCACCUCGUACAGCCUCCGCUUCCCCUACGGCCGACUGCCGCCGCCCGCCGACUUCAGCGAGUCCGUCGCCGACUGCCUGAGCGGCUCCGCCGACUGCCGAGCGGCCGGCUACUGGUACUCGGGAUUUGUGCGCCUCCAGUCGCUCAUCGACGCCGCCAUCAUCCAGGUGCGGACCGAGCGCUCGGUGUGGAACGAGAUGGACGUGGACGUGGUGAUGAUGGGCCAGCCGGGCUCGGUGGAGGUGCAGAAGUUCCCCCGCGCCCUGAUUUCCAUCUACCUGGUCCUGGCCUUUACGCCCUUCGUCACCUUCCUCAUCGUCAACGUGGCGGCCGAGAAGGAGCGGCGCAUCAAAGACGCCAUGACCAUGAUGGGGCUGUACGACUCUGCCUUCUGGAUGUCGUGGGGGCUGCUGUACGCCGUCCUGGUGAGCGCCAUGUCCGUCCUGAUCGCCGUCAUCGCCACGUGCACGGCGCUCUUCCCCAACAGCGAGUUCUCGGUGGUCUUCUCCUUGGUCUUCCUCUACGGGAUUUCUUCCAUCUUCUUCUCCUUCAUGCUGACGCCGUUAUUCAAGAAGCCAAAGCUUGCCAGCACGGUGGGCUCCGUGUCGACGGUGGUCUUCGGAUGCCUGUCGCUCCUCACGGUCCUGAUGAAGGACUUCCCUCAGCCGCUGGUCUGGAUCCUGUGCCUGCUCUCCCCCGCGGCCUUCUCCAUCGGCAUCGCACAGGUGGUGUACCUGGAGGCGCAAGGAGAUGGCGCUGCGUUGUCGUCUCUGACGAGCGGUCCUCACCCGCUCUACGCGCCGCUGCUGAUGCUGCUUUUGGACUGCGUUGUGUAUCUACUGCUGGCCGUCUACUUGGACCAGGUCCUGCCAGGCGACUUUGGGACGAGGAGGUCCUGGCUGUACUUCCUGAAGCCGUCCUAUUGGUCCAAGCGCAGCAAACGCUACACGGAAGUCAGCUCGGUAUACGACGCCGACGCCAACGGCGCUCCCGGCGGCGCCGAGUCGGCGGAGGCGGUUUCCUUCGAGUUCCGAGGCAGAGAGGCCAUCCGCAUCAACAACAUCAGCAAGACGUACAAAGACAAGGACGGCGACAGCGUGGAGGCGCUCAGAGGUCUGACCUUUGACAUUUACGAGGGCCAGAUCACGGCUCUGCUGGGCCACAGCGGCGCCGGUAAGUCCACUCUAAUGAAGGUCCUGUGCGGCAUCUGCCCGCCCACCGCCGGCUCGGCCUCCGUUUACGGCUCCCCGGUGGACGAGAUGGCCGACGGGCCCGAGAUGAAGCGACUGGUGGGCGUCUGCCCGCAGUUCGACAUCGUCUUCGACGUCCUCACCGUGGAGGAGCACCUCAGGAUCUUCGCCGCCAUUAAAAGGAUCCCGGCGGCGGACGUCGAAGGCCAGGUGUCGAAAGUGCUGCAGGAUCUGGACUUGAAGAAGAUCAUGACGGCUCGGGCCAAGAAUCUGAGUGGAGGCCAGAAGAGGAAGUUGGCGGUGGGCAUCGCCAUCCUGGGAGACCCCAAGAUCCUGCUCCUGGACGAGCCCACGGCGGGCAUGGACCCUUGCUCCCGACAUCAGGUGUGGUCGCUCCUGAAGAGCCGCAGGGCCGGCCGAGUUCUGGUCCUCAGCACGCACUACAUGGACGAGGCCGACAUCCUCGCCGAUCGCAAAGCGGUGAUCUCCCAGGGCCGACUCAAAUGCGUGGGCUCGUCCAUGUACCUCAAGACCAAGUGCGGCGUGGGCUAUCACCUGAGGAUGACGGUCGGUCGACGCUGCAAUUGCCAGAAAAUGUCCUCGCUGGUCCAGCGUCACGUUCCCGAGGCCAAGCUGACUCGGCGACAGGAGGCCCAACUGACCUUCACGCUGCCUCUCGAGAGCAGCCGCAGAUUUGCGGGUUUGUUCUCGGAGCUCGACUCUCGAAGCGACCUGGGCCUGGUCAACUAUGGCGUUUCCAUGACGACACUGGAGGACGUCUUUCUGCGUCUGGAGGCGGAGGCCGAAGUGGACCAAUCGGAUUACAGCGUGUUCCAUCGGGAGCCGGCAGAGGAGGGGAGCGACUGCGCGGCGGCGGCCGGCGGCUACGACGACGACGACGACACGGACCGACGGCUGCUGACCUUCUCGGACACAUCUGAGGCGGCGCGAGGCGGAGCCCUGUGGCGCCAGCAGUUCAGCUCGGUGGCGUGGCUCCACUUGCUCAACUUGUGGCGCGAGAGGAAGGCCUUCAUCUACGUGCUGGCUUUGACGCUGGUCUUCGUAGCCGCCCUGCUCAUCCUGUCGGUGGCCAGCGGGAACAUCCGGAUUCCCUCGCCGGGACGCCAGUUCCUGCCCGUCUACCUGCUGGGCAGGAAGCAGCCCCCCCACAGUUACGCCAGCAGCCUCCUGGUUCUCAAUUCCACAGGCUCGGAUAUUUCCGACUUCAUCCGUAACCUCGAAGAGCAGGACAUCGCGGUGGAAGUGAUGAAGCGCGGCGACUACUUGGAGGCGGCGCCGCACAGCGCCGCCAUCAACGUGACGGGAUCCAGCAAGGGCUUCCGGUUCGGGGUGGCGUUCAACAGCACCGCCGUCCACUCCCUGCCGAUGACCAUCAACAUCCUCAGCAACGCUCUACUCAGAGGUCUGAACGGCACCGGCCGGAUCCGAACUUGGACCAAGCCCUUUGACUAUCAAAUCCCAGAGGCCACCGCGUACGUGCUGGUCUUCAUCGAGGCCAUCUUGCUGGGAAUGCUGGCGGCCGGCAUGCCGGCCUACUUCGCCAUGGAGCACACGCGGGACCGAGAGCUGAAGUGCCGCUCGACGCUGCGCACCUCCGGCCUGCUGCCGUCGGCCUACUGGUGCGGCCACGCGGCCGUGGACGUGCCCUUCUACUACCUGGUCGUGUCCUGCAUGACCGUCAUCCUCCUCUCCUUCCACACGGGCGACUUGCUCUCCUCCGGCAGGCUGACGGCUGUGGUGGUCUGCACCGUCGGCUUUGCUCCGGCCGUGAUCCUCUUCACGUACGUCUGCUCUUUUGCCUUCGCUCGGGUCCAAAGCAACAAGGACUUCUUUUCGGUCAUCUCCAUGAUGGUGUGCGUGGUUUCGGUCUCGCUGGUUCACGUUCCGCUGGUGGGGGGCGACCCGGCAGAGGUCGGAGGAGUGCUGCACGACACCCUGUGCGUCCUCAACCCGCUCUACCCGCUCAUGGGCUGCCUCAAUUGCAUCACCAAGGACACCUUCCGCUCAUCUGGCGGCGACCCGAACGUCCACCACCGAAACCUGCUCUUUGCUGUUUUUGCCCCCUACGUGCAGUGCGCGGUGCUGACGUCGGCGCUGCGCUGGCUGGAGGGCCGUCACGGCGCCGGGACCUUCGGGACGGAUCGCCCGUGCAGGACGGCAUCCGCGAGCAGCCCGAAAGCGGCGCAGCGCGACCCCGACGACGGCGGCCCGGACGAGGAUGAGGACGUUCGGAUGGAGGAGGCUCGCGUCAGGGAGGCGCUGGCCUCCUGCGAGGAGAAGCCGUUGCUGCUUGCCAGUAACCUGAGGAAGAAGUACAAAGGUCGCGAGGAAGGCUCCACCCACGGCAAGAGUGGAAAAGUGGCCACCAAGAACGUUUCCUUCCGCGUUCAGAAAGGCGAGGUUCUGGGGCUGCUGGGGCCCAACGGAUCCGGCAAGAGCACCGUCGUGCGCAUGCUGGCAGGCGACGUGGAGCCCACGUCGGGACAGGUGCUGACGGGAGACGACAGCGGGUCGGGGCGGCGGCGGCGGCGGCGCUGCUUGGGCUACUGCCCCCAGGUGGACCCUCUGUGGCCUCGCAUCACGCUGCGGGAGCACCUGCAGAUCUACGCCGCCGUCAAGGGUCUGAAGGGCCCCGACGUCCCGGGGAUCAUCAAGCGGGUGGUGGACGCUCUGGAGCUCAGAGAGCACGAGCACAAGCAGGCCAAGGCUUUGUCCGCCGGACUCAAGAGAAAACUGUGCUUUGCGCUCAGCAUGAUCGGAAACCCGCAGACGCUUUUACUGGACGAGCCGACGUCGGGGAUGGACCCCAAGUCCAAACAGCGCGUGUGGCGCGCCAUCCGCGCCGCCUUCGGGAGCGGCCAACGCGGCGCCGUGCUGACCACGCACUACAUGGAGGAGGCGGAGGCCGUUUGCGACCGCGUCGCCAUCCUGGUGUCGGGCCGGCUGAGGUGCUUGGGCUCCAUCCAGCAUUUAAAGGCCAAGUACGGCCGAGGCUACGGCCUGGAGCUGAAACUCGGGGAGGAGCUGGCGGAGGUCCGGCAGGGGGCGCUGCUGCACAAGGAGAUCCUCGCCAUCUUCCCGCAUGCCUCCAGGCAGGAGAGCUUCGCCACGCUGAUGGUGUACAAAAUUCCCCGGGAGGACGUCGCCUCUCUGGCCGGCGCCUUCUCGCAGUUGGAGCGCGUUAAGCAAACGUUCAAGUUUGAGGAGUACAACUUCUCGCAGUCCUCGCUGGAGCAGGUCUUCAUGGACUUCGCCAAGGAGCAGGAAGGCGACGACGAUGACGUGGGCUCGCUCAGCACCACCUUCCAGUGGCGUCGCCUGCGCCACGACCAAUCCGCGGGCGACAGCGUCGUUUGUCAGCUGUAAAAGACUGUGUGCGUGCGUGUGCGUGUGCGUGUGUGUGUGUGGCGUCACGCCUUUGCCCCUUUUCACGAUGGCGCCCGAAGGUUUUGUGUCGAAAACCCUUGUCCCAGCGAGACCCCGCGUGACUCUCCUGCUUCUCAAAGUCGGUGGCUGAUAAAAUGGCGGCGUGAAAAGAACUUUUUUUUGGUGGUGUUUUCGAAGGAAGGCCAAGCUGUCCACCGCGGAAGCGCCAAAGCAGAACGUGAACCCCUUUCACGCCGCAGACUUUGUGUCGAAAGCUACGGUCGCUAUUCCAGGUGCCGGCACAGUCGCGUCCCGAGCGCCACCAGUUUCAAAGGGAAGGUUGGAAGCACCAAAGCGAGGCAAAUAAACGCGGCUUGUGCCGUCACACCCAUUUUGCAAAA